AUGACGACGUGCCGUCUGCUGUGCGCCCUGUUGGUGCUUGCCCUGUGCUGCUGCCCGUUCGUGUGUGUUAGAGCGAGUGCUGGCGCGGAACGUGAUGGACACACUGAACCGCCCACACCGUCACACAAUUCAGGCCUGGGGGCCAAUUCCUUGGGUCCAAAUGCUCGUACAGUCCCGAAAACGAAUAACUCCGGUGGACCACUUCAAUCUGUUUCUACCGUUGCGGGAGGGGAACCCGAUGUGUCGUCCAAUACACCACAUGGAGCAAUUACGUCUGGUCAGUCGGGUUCAGAGGAUGGUGACACCGAUUCACCAGGUUCAACGGUUAAUUCCGAGGAAUUGGUAGUAAAAAAAACAACAGAGCAUGAUCCGGCAGUGCCAGCACCUAAUGAAGAGGUUGCGGAGAAGGCAAAAAAUGCGAUGAAUGCGACCCCGACGAAAAAGACACCGCCACUACCAAUCUCGGCAGUACCACAGCCAAAAGCAUCACCAGCAGUGACUGUUCCAGAAACAGGGAAAGGCUCAGCGGCACGAAAUCUCUCCCAGUUGUCAAGAGAAAAAAAUAAAGAAAACACAGCGUCACAAACCAAAGCGCUGUCCGAAGCACUGAAACGACAUUCAGGGGAUGCUGAGGCAGAGCAACAAGAACAAGAGAGCGACACAUCAAAUCUGGUGGCGAUUGCCGAUAACGGCAAACAUGCGGAAACGACAUCAUCAUCCAUCUCUAUAAAUGACAAUGACGAUUCUCAGGGUACGGGGGCUGAGAAUAAUGACAAUGAUCCACGGCCCAACCCCACAGAAACAAGCGACCACAAAGUUGAUAAUACCAACCUUGCUUCUGCACCCACUGAGACCGCACCAGAAACAGUGAAUACGGCCACCGCCGAAAGAAAUGAAACACUGAAGUCUGAAGGCAGUGACGGCAGCACCGCGGUCUCCCACGCCACCUCCCCUCUUUUGCUUCUUCUUGUUGUUGUUGCGUGUGCGGCUGCUGCUGCGGUGGCCGCGUGA